UAUUAAACUGAUAUAUAUAUAUAUAUAUAUAUAUACACACACACACAUAUAUAUAUUAUAAAUAAAUAUAUUUGAAAAAUAAAAAUAGAGCUUUGAGAAAUUAGAAGUGUUUUAUGAUGUUUAAUGCUUUUUACAAGAAUUUAUGUCCAGAUAAGGAGCGAUAUAUAAAUACAAUGUUUUCAUUAUGUGAUUGUAUUACAUACUAAUGAAAAAUUACAGAAAAAAUUACAAUGAAAAGUUUAUUAAUUUUUUUACCAAACAGGCUUUACGAAGAAAAACCUGGAUACAUGUUUGGUAAAAUAGUGUAUGAUGAUAAUACAGGAGUAAAAAAAUUUUAUGUCAUUGGUGUAUGUAACGUAGAUAAUUUAGAAACAAUGAAAUGUGCCAGUAUAAUUGGAUAUUAUUCUGGCAGCGAACACCGAAAAGGAUAUGUAGAUAAAAGAUAUUUAGACUGGAUUAAUAUAUGCUUGAAUUCUACAUUUUACUCUAAGUGUGAUAUAUAUGACUACAGUCUGAAAGGUAUUAUUGUGAACAAUAAAAAAGUUUCUACUUUACACUGUCAUACAGCCAUUAUAGUAUAUGAUCGAUCAGCAUUUAGAGAAACAGAAUUAUUUGCUCAAAAAGCAGUAUCUGGAGACCACUUUUAUGAGUUAAUGAAAAUCAUACAAAACAAGCAAGUUGAGAGAGAAAUACAGAAGAAAGGAAAAUGUACUUAUAUAAAAGAAACACUGCUUGUGUAUCAUAUGUUCUUAUACUUUUAUCCAGUUCUUUUUCUUGCUAAAAUAACCAACAAGUUAUUACCAGUUUUAAAAUUUUCUUUUCUUGGUUUGCAUGUUAAUGGAUGGUUGGAGAAUGUCAAAUGGAUGUUAAUCACUGUAAUAAAGAACAAAAAAUUUAAUUUAAAAACUGGUAACUAUGUUUUUGCAUUAAUAAUAGAUAUGUUAUUGGGAAUUUUAAUAUUACAGUUGUUAUUGCAUUACUUUGAGUACAUAUCUCCAUCUCAGAUACUUUUGGAUAAUGCAGAGAAGGCUGUCACAUUUUUGAAGGACUUAAUUAACUGGCUAAUGGGUGUACCAGCUGGUUUAAAAUUAAAUCAUGCCUUAAACAAUAUGCUUGGGAAAUUUUUUUUAUACCACAUACAUAUGUGGUGGACAUUCUUAAUAUUUAUGAAACCUGUAAUGGAUUUUACAUUCGAAGUAUUGGUAUUAUUUGGAAAGCUUGGAAUUACAUUUCAAAUAGCAAUAGCAGCUGAUCUUUUAGCACUUGUCAGUUUUCAUGCUUAUUGUAUCUAUGUAUACGCUGCAAGGCUUUUCAAUAUUCAAUUAAAGGGUAUUACUGCUUUGUUUCGACUAUUUUUGGGUAAAAAGAAGAAUCCAUUGAGAGAAAGAAUUGAUUCUUGCCAAUAUCAACCUGACCAACUGUUUGUAGGAACUCUGUUGUUUACUAUUCUAUUGUUCCUCAUGCCAACAACUUGGGUUUAUUAUGUAGUUUUUACCAUGCUCAGAUUAGCACUAAUCAGCUUUGGAGGUUUGUUGACAAGAAUGAAGUUUUAUCUUCAAGUUAUGCCUGUAUAUACAUUUUUUAAGUGGUUAUUUCAUUCUUAUAGCACAUGCAGUAUUGUUAAUAUUAAAGUAUAUUCAGAUAGAACAGAAGGUCCAAUAAUAUUAAUAAUGACAAUGGUAGUAGCAUCAUGGCAUUAUACAUGGGACAAGUGUAUACCAGACACAAUUAAUCGUCAUCCACCCAUAGAAUGGAAUAAGAUAAUAAACAAUAUAAUAUGGGAAAUUAAAGAUAAAAUAGAUAACAAUGUUAAUAUCUCUGAAUGUGAUACUAAUCAAGUAGAAAACGUGAAUAAGCAGGACAUGAAACGUAAAAGACAAAAUGAAAAAAGAAAAUCAAACAACAUUAAUGACAACAUUGAUAAAAAUAUAAUUAAAGAUGACAAAGAGGAGAAUGUUUAUACUGAGAUAAAAGAGAAUCAGGAUGUAGAAGACACGAACGAUGAAGAAUCAUCACCAAACAAGAAAGCAAAUAUACAUACAACAAAUGGUUUAAAUGAUACAGAAGAGAUUUACAAAACUAACUUGGAAACUCCAAAACAGCCUUCUAAAAGACAAUUAAAAAGAGAAAAAGCUGAGAAUGUUUAUACUGGGAUAAAAGAGAAUCAGGAUAUAGAAGACACGAAGAACGAUGAAGAAUCAUCACCAAACAAGAAAGCAAAUAUACAUACAACAAAUGGUUUAAAUGAUACAGAAGAGAUUUACAAAACUAACUUGGAAACUCCAAAACAGCCUUCUAAAAGACAAUUAAAAAGAGAAAAAGCUGAGAAUGUUUAUACUGGGAUAAAAGAGAAUCAGGAUAUAGAAGACACGAAGAACGAUGAAGAAUCAUCACCAAACAAGAAAGCAAAUAUACAUACAACAAAUGGUUUAAAUGAUACAGAAGAGAUUUACAAAAAUAACUCGAAAACUUCAAAACAGCCUUCUAAAAGACAAUUAAAAAAAUUGAAAGCUGAGAAAAGAAAGAAUGAAAGAAGGAUGGCCAAUAGAAUUGAAGCAAUGACGAAAGGACUUAAUUAUGUUUCAAAGUGGAAAUAUGCACGAAGUGAAUGGAAGUUUGAAAAGAUAAGGCAAAUUUGGUUAAUUGACAAUUUGCUAGAUGAAACUUAUAUUCCAGAUGACAUUUUUCCAAUAGUUUUAGAAUAUUUUGAAGGAUGUAAAGGAAUGGCUCGAGAACUACUUUUAAGGAAAGGCUUGGAUGUUGUAAGGAAAGUAGAAAAUGAAGAAAAUAAAGACGAGAUAGAAUCUAUUGCUUAUCAAAGGGCAAGAAAACUUCUACAAGCUUUACCUACCGAAACCUAAAUAAUCUGAAGUUAUACUUAAAACCUAUAGACUAGUUCAUGCUUUUAGUAAAAUUUAUUUUAUGUUUUGAAAUUUAUUUUACAUUUUUUCUAUACAUUAUCCCAAUUAUUUGUUUCUUUAUUUACGAGAUAGAUAUAUCAAAUUUUUGUAAAUAAUUAAACAAUUAAAUUUUAUCUGUUUAUUAUAUUAAAAACAAUUUAUUUCACAAUUUCCUAUAUAUAUAUGAGAAGCUUACAAUGGGUUUAUUCUGGAGAUAUAUAUAAAUAAAAAGUUAUACUGUAUUAUACACUUAUUACCAUACAAUAUUAUACAAGUACUUUAGUAACCAUAAGGUUACUCCAACAAAAUUACAGUUAAACUAGAUUACAUUAUUCUGAAUACUUAUCUACAAA